AUGGAGGAUAAAACCAACGAGAAGGUUGGGAGGAAAGAGGAUAUCGAUACGGAGCAUCACGCUCCCUCUGAUAAAAGGUCUACAGAAUGUCUCGAAAACCUUGCACCUGUCCAUACAUAUCUCGACCGCGAAGAUAUAAACAGGCUCUCAAACGAGCACAAAGAUUAUCUUCUACAUCGCUACGGUACCCUCGACUUGGAUCCUAUCCCAGAUCUGAAUGAUGCCGACCCAUACAACUGGCCAAACUCGAAGAAAUUAGUCAACCUCGUCCUAGUCGCUUUCCACGCUAUGAUGGCAACUUUUACUGCCGCAUCAAUCCAAUCGGCUUUCGAAAGUGUUGCCGCUGAUCUUCAUGUCAGUCUCCAGCGGGCGACAUAUCUUACCUCCCUUCAGAUUGCGAUCCUCGGCGGCGCUCCACUACUAUGGAGGCCAUUGUCGAAUCGCUACGGGCGACGUCCUAUCUUCCUUAUCUCUCUGAUCUGCAGUCUUGUCGGCAAUAUCGGGUGUGCGAACAGUCACUCAUAUUCUACCAUGGGCCUGUGUCGCGCCAUUGUCGCUUUUUUCAUCAGUCCCCCCCUUGCGAUUGGCAGUGCAGUCGUCGCCGAAACCUUCUUCAAGAAAGAUCGAGCACGGUACAUGGGCGUAUGGACUCUCAUGGUCACAAUUGGUGUACCUAUCUCGCCUUUUAUCUUUGGUUUCGUUGCACAAAGGGUGAACUAUCGGUGGAUAUUCUACGUGUUGGCCAUUACCAAUGGGGUACAAUUCGUUCUCUACCUCUUCCUCGGCCCCGAGACUCGAUACAUUCGUACCGGUGUCACGCAUACUGGCGCAGUAUACAAGCAAGAAUAUUUCACCUUCAAGCGCAUCGACCCUACCCCUUUGACGUGGUACGAUUUCGUCCAGCCACUCCGAUUUAUCCGUCGCCCCUGUGUAAUCAUUCCAGCAGCAGCGUACGCCAUGAUCUUCCUCUUUGGAAGUGUCAUGCUUACUGUGGAAGUGCCGCAGCUUUUUGGACCCAAGUUCCACUUCAAUGAUCAGCAAAUGGGAUUGCAGUUCAUUGCGAUGGUCAUAGGAUCAGUUGUGGGAGAACAGAUUGGCGGCUACACUUCCGACUGGUGGAUGAAUAGACGAAAGAACAAGCUUGGUCAUCCUGCUCCAGCUGAGUUCCGUUUGUGGCUCAGCUAUAUUGGUCACUUAUUGACCAUUGUGGGCAUCAUUGUUUUCUUGGUUCAGAUUGAACGAUUACAGCCGCUUCAUUACAAUAUUACACCGCUUGUUGGUGCUGGCAUUGCCAGUGCUGGGAACCAAAUCGUUACAACAAUCAUGGUGACCUAUGCAGUCGAUUGUUACCGAGAAGAUGCUGCAAGCGUGGGAGUAUUCAUCACUUUUGUGCGCCAGAUUUGGGGGUUUAUUGGGCCUUUCUGGUUCCCACAGAUGUUUACUGAAACUGGGCUUUAUGCUUCAGCUGGAAUUGCGACAGCAUUGAUGGUCGCGGUCAGUAUUCUUCCGACAAUCUUCAUUCAAUGGAGAGGUGGACGGUUGAGAUAA